CCUCUCUUAACUCUGCUGCACAAAAUAAGGCUUCACGUCCAUCCCCGCAUUCCCCCAGAGCUGUUCCCUUGGAUCCCCUCCCCAGUCAGAAUGCUCUCCUCUUGGGGAUCGUGGGGCAAGUAACUUCAGGCCGAAUCUGCCCAAGACGCAGGAACCCUGUGUGCGCAUCUGCCUCUGCCUCAUCCCCAUCCAGUUAGAGCGUCCCUGGGUCUCAUGAAGUGGUUGAAUCAGUAAUGAGACUGUUCUCGGCCUGCAGUGGGGAGAGGACGCGUCAGGUGCGUGCUCUGGGGCUCACAGGAGACAUCCUCCUGUGGUGGCCAAAGCGUGAGGCCCAUAGGGCGGCCUGGCCUCCCCGGGGGGGCCCAGUGUUGGGCUCUCUGCUGUGUUGGGGUUCGGGCCGGCCCUUUGCCCGUCUGUCCUGCCUGUGCCUAUAGCAGCCGCAGGUGAACGCUAGCCCUCAGGUGAGCCCCCAGAGCUUCCUGGGGCAUCGGCAGGAUGUUCCUCGAAAGGCAGCCCCGGGACUUCCUGGAUCACCAUCCUGGCCGAGGCCUGUCUGUGAAGGUGGCCCCUUGGCCAGGUGGGAGGAGGAGCCAGGGCCCUCGUUCCUGGGGAGACUUCCUUCCGGGGACCGCGUGGGGAAGCACACCUAGGCUCACACAGGCCCACCCGACGCCGCCCCGCCGGCGUCACCCGGUACAGCAGCACCCAGCUCCGUGACAGCCGACCGCAGCCCUAGGAAAGGCAGGCCUUGGGUGAGCUCCUCCACGACCACGGUGGUGGAAAGCCACAGGUUGCCUGGGCCAUCCUUCAGUGCGUCCAUCACUAAGCAGCCCCUUUCAGCCGCUGCUUCCUCCUGGUCACUGAAAACAUUUGUCAUUUCCUGUUUUCUCCAUUUUCCAACGAUUCUAAUUGUCAGUGUCAAAAGGCAACAACUGUUUUCUUGGGGCUUAUCUUUGGAGCACAUUGAUUCAGAACAAAGGAUGGGGGCCUCUGUCUGCAAAACAAAGGAAGCAGCCUCCUCGGGAGGCCUGGAGAGAAUGCUCUGGCUGCUCUGCCAGGGACAACAGGACAGGCCGGGAGCAGAGGGCUGGCGGUGCCCCCCCCCCAUGCCCCAGCAGCGUGAAGAGAGCCCUGCUUGACGGCGACACCCCAGGCCGGCGUCGGCCGUGCCCUUCGGACUCGGCAGCUUCUGUAGCCGUGCCGCUCCGCAGACUCGCGCUUAAACUCUGGAUCCUCUGGGUUUCUCUGCUUCCUUGGAUGAACACCGGCCAGCAUCCCGUUGUCCCUGUAACUGUGGACCGUUCGAGAAGCACUCCCUUUCAUCUGGCAGACACUGCCCACUUCCUCCACUCUGACCUCUGCCCCAGCCUCGCCUUCACUUUGGUUUCCCAGGCCCCGGGGGCGUCUUUCCUCUCUACCUCCCUCCCUUUGGACUCUUCUGCCUGUCCCCUGCUUUGUCUUUCGUCGCACUCUGUAGCCUCCACCUGCCCUUCCCCCACUCCGUACAACUUUCUGUUAUUUGAUGCACCUAAUGGAGCAGCUGGUGGGGAUGGAGUUAGGGCUGGUAUAGACAGCAGGGCACAGGAGCCGGUUCCUGGAAGCAGCGGGCUGGGGAAGCAGAAGCAGUGGAUCUGCAGUUAGGAGACGCUGCACUUCCCCAGCCGUGUCACCUUGAGCAAGUCACUUACCCUCUGUGAGCCUCAGUUGUCACGUCAGUAAGCUGGGACCAUAGGUCUUCUACCCAGAUCUCCUAGGGCUGGUGGGGGGUUCGAUGGCAAGAACAGAGGUGAGAGGGCUGCCUUCAGAAAGGCCUGCCCACCCUGAGCAGCUCAGGCAGAGCACAGGGCUCCCCCAGCUCCCCCACUUCCCGAUGGGGUGGCCUUGGGUGGUCAUGCGACCCCUGUGCUCCUGAGGUCCUGUCUCCCCACCCCACGCUUUAGCAGGAAGACGGCAGCUCCAGGGCUGAAGAGCGACAUCCCUGGCACCCACCUCCCAGCAGCCCCGGGGGAAGGGGGGCAAGAGCUCGGACAGGAAGCAGGCUGAGGGCGGGAAGCUGACAUCGCUUGUGGUGUGGUCCGCCCACUGCCACGUGUUUGUCCUCUCUGCCUUGGCAGGAACCGAGGCCGAGAACUGCCCGACAGGCCCGGGCGCCGGGCUCUCUCCCAAGCGCCGGCCCUCCGAGUGCAGAGAAGCAGGCCCCGGGCAGCCUGUGUUGUCGGGUCAAGUCUUCUGGCAUCUGGGGGGCGGGGGACGCAGUUCCGAAAGUAAACUCAGGGAGGCGUGCUCCCGACAGAGCUGCCUUGCUUGGUGGCGCACGAGGAAGCAGACUCCUUGAGAAGGGGACAGAGGCGGCAGCGGGUGAGCACUGGACUGGGAAGCAGACCUGGGGCCCAGUCACAGCCUGGCGCCGAACGGCUGAGGGGCUUGGGGCCAGUUGUGCCUUCUCCCGGCCCUCAGCUGGCUGGCUCGCGGCUGUCCCCUUGAGCGGCUCCCAGCCUCAGGGCUGGGACUGCAGCCUUCGAACGUGGCUCCUCCCCCUGCCCACCCAGCUUGCGGAUGGAGACCGGGAGCCCGUUCCCAUCGCCCAUGUGCAGCCAAUCAGGCAAGCGAAGGGAAGCUGGGACUGAGUGGCUACUCCGGGCGUCGGCCAGUGCGUCCAUCUGAUCGUGUGAUCAUCGCGCCCUUCGUGCCAGGACCACCUGGAACAAGCCUUGGCCCUUUCCCCAUGACAGCCCCGACAUCCCUGGUUCGCUCAGCCAUUCUUUGCCCUCGUGGUUGGGAGUCCAAGCCCUACCUCCAUCACUUAGUGUCCUCCGAGUGCGGCCAGUUUGUCUGGGUCUCCCUGAGGCUGGCAUGCCCAAACUCUUGUCAGCACCGUAGACGUGGUCUGGCCAAGGCAGAGUAGUGUAGGACUGUCACCUGCCUCCUUCUACAUACUCUGCUUCUACUAAUGCAGCCUAAUGUCACAUUUGCUCUUUUGGUGACCACAUCUCACUGCUGCCCCAUCCUGAGCAGAAGGAUGUCCAGAAUGCCUAAAUCUUUCUUCUCCGUGCUCUUGCUGUUAAGCUCUGUGUCUCCCGCCCUAUCCUACGCUGUCGCAGUUGGUUUUUUAACCCAGGUGCAGAAUCCUACUUUUAUUUAUACCUGCGGAGUUUUGCUUGGGAGGGUGGGGCAUGCAUGCGAGUGUGUGUUGGUGUGUUCACUCAUGCUUUCUGCUACACCAAAGCCAAGUCCUGAGUCCCCACACAGAGAUCCCAAGGCUAGUAUUUCUUGGUAGCCCUAAUCUGACACUUCUUUCUCAUCUUCUAUUUAGCAAGAGAAGCAGAAAUCAGGUCUUAUGGCAAUGAUCCCUGAACAGCGGAGUGCAUAUCUCGCCCAACAGAUGAGUCAAUUUCAAGCCGUCCAAGAUCAAGUCACCUCCAAGUGUAGCCGGACCAAGGCAAGCUCCCCACCCAACCAACCCAUGAUGCCACCCGGAGCUGCGCUCCUCCAGAGCGCUCUGAGCCCAGGAAUGGUCCCGCCCGCCAGGCACCAGAGCCGGGAGGGCGUGGGCCUGCUGUCACCAAGUCCAGGCAAGCAGCACGGGACCUCCAGCUCCAGCCCCCCGUUUCCCACACCCUUGCGCUUGAGGCACAACCCCGCGGGCAGCCUCGGGUCCACCUGCCGGCGCACGCGGAUUCCCAAGGCCGCCCCCACGGGAGUGCCCCUGCCCGGCUUCUGUCCCAGCCCCCUGGGCAGCCAGCCCCUGAGUCCCCACCAGCUCAGACAGCCCUGCGUGCCAAGAGUGCCCACCGUGCUCCACAACGCUGCCUGGGUGGCAGCAGCAGCAGCAGCUGUGAGCACCGCGGUGUUGAGGGGGCCACCCCCGAGGCAAGCAGCCCAUGGCGUCCAGCAGCAUUUCCAUAGCAACUCCCUCUUUGCCAAGGCCCCCGUGAGGGUCCCCCAGGGAGCCCCAGUGUUUCCAUCACAACAGGCAGUUGUGUCCCCCAGUCAGGUGGCCCCGGGAGGCAGACCCAGCCAGAAGGUGGGCGCUGCCCCCGCCAACCCCAGCUUCAGCCUGCUGAGCCACCAGAGCCUCAGACAGAGCCCGCUGCGGGGUCCCGUGCCUGUGCUACACGCCACCAAGUCCCUCCAGCAACGCAUGGUCAGUUUCAGGCCCGUGAGUCCCAUCCAGGGCAUCGAGCCACCAAGCUAUGUGGCUGCCACCGCCGCCGCCGCCUCCACUGUCGCUGCCAGCCCGUCCCCUGGUCCCUUCAACAGCGUGGGGAGCCCCCCUGAGUUGCCACCCUAUGCCUUGUUGCCCCAGGCCUCACUGAACGAUCUCAUUUCACCCCCUGACUGCACUGAGGUGGAUUUCAUCGAAGCUCUCUUGAAAGGCCCCGGCGUGAGCCCAGAUGAAGACUGGGUGUGCAACCUGAGGCUGAUCGAUGACAUUCUAGAACAGCACGCUGCUGCCCAGACUGCCGCAGCCCAGAGUGCCGGCCACAUCCCUGAGCAGGCUGGCCACAUCCCCCAGAAUGUUGGCGAGCUUUAAAUGCCCAGAGAAACCUCCACGGGGCCAUCACUCCGGGGAGCGGUGUGAGUCCACAGCAAAUUCGCAGCUGGUCCCACGUAGCCACACGCUUGUUGCCUCAUUACGAUUUGAGGGGCGUCAGCCCACGCCCACCCCUCUCGCUACCUGUGACGAAAUGGAAAGCUGGUGAUUUUUCAAGCUACCUGUACAUAUCUGAACAUUUUGUAAAUGGUUUUCCUAAACAUUCACGACAGAAGUAUUUAUACUUCGUUUUGUGACUUUGUAAAUAAAGUGACGGCUUUCCUUUCAGUAGAGCUGUGUUCAUUAUGCAUUGUCUGUGUUUAUUCUACAUUGUUGCCAAUACGCAGACUGUGUCGCUCACUCCAGCCAUACCUUAUCAACCGGGUGGUGGAGUCACGUACGCUUUAGAUGCAGUGGUGGAUGUGAUCAAGAGGUGUUGUGCAAACUGACAAAUACCAAAUCGAAACUCACUUGGCCAUGUAUUUCCAUUUCCACUAAAACUUCUGUCGCCCUGUGUGGUUCUUAACCUCUUUCGCAAACCUUUCAGUCUCUGCUAGCUCCUUCCUGACAGAGCAUAUUACAGCACAAGCCGUUUGAUCGUUAAGUGCCCCUCAGAGGAAUUAUUUGCCCGGAGGCCGGAGAGUUCUGUAGAUUUGGGAGAAGCAAGGAGGUAAUGUGUGAGCUGGGCACUGUCUGAGGACCUUGAGUCUCCUCCCUUUAUCCCUCAGACGGUUGGCACUACUCCAGCAGCACCUUGCAGGGUGGAGGUGAGAUGUUCCCGGUUUAAAGCCUUUCGGUAUUUGUUUUGAUGUAAGGCUCUGUGGUCUGGGGGAAAAUGGGUCUGUAAACAUUAAUUGUUGAUUCGGGCUUUGUCUUUGAUGGUUUCUAUCUGCAAUUAUCGUCAUGUAUAUUUAAGUGUCUGUUAUAGAAAACCCACACCCACUGUCCUGUAAACUUUUCUCAGUGUCCAGACUCUGUGUAAUCACAUUUUAAUUGCCGCCUCGUAUUUCGCCUCUACAUUUGAAAUCUGGCGUCUGUUUCCAACCAGUGCGUUUUUUCUUCGUACUGUAAUAAACAACCAGG